CUCGAGCAAGGCUUUUCACACGACAAUUCUCUCCUAGUCCCACCUGCCCCAUCUGUGACAAUCAGGAAGAAUCUAUUUCUCAUUGUCUUUUUUUCUGUCCUCAUGCUAGAGCCACUUGGAUAGAAAAUGGUUUACAUCAUUUUAUUCCAACAUCUGACUUCCAUUUUCCACUGUGGUUUUUCCACUUGCAGGAUUUUGUUCCUGAGGGUACUAUUAGGAAGAUAGCUUUUUGCCUCUGGAAUAUCUGGAUAUCUAGGAAUGGAUUUGUGUUUGAAGACAAGGUUAUUUCCCCAACUACUACAGCAACGAUGGUUGAACGUGACCUGACGAAAUGGGAAGAAUCCCGAAAUCAUACCAACAAUUCAGCAAAUGGUCACUUCACUUCCUUGCAAACUCAGCCUAGGGGAUCCCGUUCAGACCCCUCACCACCGCCAGGACCUUUCCAAAAGAUUGUGCAUUGUGAUGGAUCCUUCGUAUCGGAAUCACAAUUGGCGGCUUAUGGGAUUGCUAUUGCAAAUUCUCAUGGUCAGGUGUUUGAUGGCAAGGCUGAGACCUUCUAUUGUUCUGUUCCAAUUCAAGCGGAAGCUUUGGCCCUUCUCAAUGCGGUUAGGAUGGCAGCUCUUGAUCCCGUUCGUACUAGCAUUCGCUGUGACUGCCAAAUCCUUACGUUGGCACUCAAACAACACCCGUCCUUGUGGCCUUAGCAAUGUCGGGCGACGAUUGCACUGAUUAUUCCAAUCCUUCUUGCUGCUCCGUGGAUUGACGUUUCCUUUUCUCCUCGUCGACAUAAUGCUCUGGCUGAUUGGGUUGCUAACAAUGCCCGCUUGGGUUUGUUACCAAUGGAUUGGAUUGUAAUCGCUAACCUGCUGUAUCCAUUGUUGUAACCUCUUUGCCUUCAUUUGGGUUGGUAAUGGAAUAAGAGAGUCCCACUUUGUUUCAAAAAAAAAAGAAGUAUAUAACAAAUCAAUGAUACCCUCACUGGUAGCGAACAACAGGAAUCACAUACAAAAGUUCACAAUAAGUAUGCCAAUCCACCUGAAGAUCUCGACUUUAGUCCCACCAGAGAAGCAAAAUUUGAUAGAAAUUGAAUGAAAUAACCAACUUUUCUUAUGUUCCUCUCAUGUUUCUGUAACUAAUCGCGAAAUGAAAAUGUAAGAAAAUUAGACAAUUCAAAGACUUUCUAUGCUAAUUAUCCAAAAUAACAGUAUGUCAUUAACUCGUAACUGAAUGAAUUCUUGCAAAUCGAUAUUCACUUCACUGAUCACAUCAUAGAAAUAUUUGGGUCACAAAUGUUAUCUUUUGAUGCAAGUUUAUCUCACCUUAUGUCAGCUAAUCAUUGAUCCAAUAUUUGAAAUAGUAAGACGAUAAUCUUGAAGUGAGUAAUUCAAAUGGCAUAGAUUUCUGAAUAUAUCUAUCUUCUUAUAAUAUAAAAAAGUAGUGCACUAUCACUUGAAGAACAUUCUCCCCGAAAAAGUUAAUCUGCUAACUUGAAGAUUUGUUAGCAUAUACUAACUGAUAUCCAAAAAAACAUGAACUAGUAUCCAAGUACUAAAGUAUCUAGAGAGUACAGACUAGUAUUUAAGGUUUGCUAACUGAUAUCGAGUUAUCCACCAUGAAUCAACUAUUAUCUCAAAUUCACAAACUAAUAUCUAGACAACACAUAAUAGUAUUCAUACAACACAUAAUUAGUAUCAAGAUAACACAUAAGAGUACUCAUAUUGAAUACUAGUUGGUAUGAUUGUGGAUAUUAGUUGAUAAAAUCAGCAUACUUGGAUACUAGUUCAUACAUUUUGGAUAUUAGUUAGUAUAUACUAACAACUUAUGCCGUUAGAAGAAUAACCCUAUUGCAUUCUCCCACUCAUAUUCUUGCAAGAACAAACCUUCAAAUUGUAGAGCUCCUUUUUAUCACAAAAGAACUAGCGUGGGCCCCGGCCAGUUGGCCGGAGGUGAGGUAUGAAAUUUGAUAAUGUAAUGGGGUGUAUAGCUUAUUGUUGUAUAGUUUUUUUGGGAAACACGUGAUAAAAAUAGUGAAUUUUAGCAGUCUAGAGACAUUAAUGAUACAACAAAUCAAAAAUCGGCCUUAUGAACCAAAAUCAAGUACCUGUUACCUUGUGAAACAAUAUUGUUUCCAGUAAUAUGAUGAGGUGGAGUAAGUUUUAUAGAAACCGAAUUCCAGAAAAUCGAAUAAAAAAUCGCCUAUCCCGACGGUUUUCAGGAAAUGAGCAUCUCACAAUCGUUGCUAGCUUUUACUCGGCCGUUGGCUGAUUAAUUUAGUUUAUAAAACUUUCAUACAUUU